CUCUCCUUCCUUCCAUCUCUCUCUUUCACUACUACACUGCAAGCAAAUUCAAAAAAUCUAUUCAAACACACAAAAAAGAGUGGAAGUGCAAAAAUUAUACAACCAUGUCCAGUUCUAGUGUAUCUUCUUGGGUUACUAAUAAACCUUCCAUUUCACUGAGUAAACCUCAAAGAAGAAGUCACAAUAAUCUUCUUUCAUCUUCUUUACAAUCUCCUUCACUAGUUCAAUUUACAUCUUCAUCAUCAUCAACUUCAGCUUCUAUCUCAACUUACACCCAUCACACUAGCAGUAGCAGUAGUAGGACUACCCAAAUCACCCUUCCAAAAGAAACAACAAAAACACUACACCUACAAUCUCCUCCUACUCCUACUUCUACACCAAAAACAAAACCCCAAAACCAGAAUUGGAAUAUAAUUCAAAAAGUUGCAUCAAUGGCUUUAGACGCUUGUGAAACCGCUCUACUAUCGAAAGAAAAACAACAGCCACUUCCUAAAACAGCUGACCCGUCAGUUCAAAUAUCCGGCAAUUUCGCACCCGUACCCGAACAACCUGUCUGUCAAAAUCUACCUGUAACUGGUUCAAUUCCUUCUUCCAUUAACGGUGUAUAUGUUCGUAACGGUGCUAAUCCAUUGUUUGAACCAUUAUCUGGUCAUCACUUAUUUGACGGUGAUGGUAUGAUUCAUGCUGUUAAUAUUAAUCAAGGCUCUGUUUCUUACUCUUGUCGUUUCACUGAAACGCACAGACUUGUCCAAGAAAAAAGUCUAGGUCGUCCUGUAUUCCCAAAAGCCAUUGGAGAACUUCAUGGUCACUCUGGUAUUGCUCGUCUUAUGUUGUUCUACGCUCGUGGUGCAUUCGGUCUUGUUGAUCCUAAUCAAGGUAUCGGUGUCGCUAACGCCGGUCUUGUUUAUUUCAAUCAGAGAUUAUUAGCUAUGUCUGAAGAUGAUCUUCCUUAUCAAGUUAGAAUCACUGAUUCUGGUGAUUUGGAAACAGUUGGUCGUUUUGAUUUUGAAGGUCAAUUGAAAUCAGCUAUGAUUGCUCACCCUAAGCUUGACCCAGUUUCCGGGGAGCUCUUCGCUUUGAGUUACGAUGUUGUUCAGAAACCUUACUUGAAGUAUUUCAGAUUCUCUAAGAAUGGUGAGAAAUCCCCAGAUGUUGAGAUUCCUUUGGCGCAACCUACUAUGAUGCAUGAUUUCGCCAUUACAGAGAACUUCGUUGUCAUUCCAGAUCAACAGGUUGUUUUCAAACUACCAGAAAUGAUUCGCGGUGGAUCACCAGUUGUUUAUGAUAAAAACAAAGUCGCACGUUUCGGAGUUCUGAACAAGUAUGCUAAAGAUUCUUCUGAUAUGAAAUGGGUAGAAGUACCAGAUUGUUUCUGUUUCCAUUUAUGGAAUUCGUGGGAAGAGCCAGAAACCGAUGAAAUUGUUGUUAUUGGAUCCUGUAUGACACCAGCUGAUUCCAUUUUCAACGAAUGUGACGAAGGCUUACAAAGCGUUCUGUCCGAAAUUCGUCUCAAUUUGAAGACUGGUAAAUCUACUCGUAGGCCAAUAAUUUCAGAAGAGAACCAAUUGAAUUUAGAAGCAGGAAUGGUGAACCGUAAUCAGCUCGGUAGGAAAACUCGUUUCGCAUACUUGGCAAUUGCGGAACCGUGGCCAAAAGUUUCUGGUAUUGCAAAAAUUGAUUUAGUUACGGGUGAGGUACAAAAAUUUAUCUAUGGAGAUAAUAAGUUUGGUGGUGAGCCUUAUUUUGUACCAAACAGUUCAUCAGACAGGGAAGAUGAUGGGCAUAUACUAGCUUUCAUGCAUGACGAGACUACAUCAAAGUCAGAAUUACUUGUUAUAAACGCGAUGAAUUUAGAAUUAGAGGCAUCAGUGAAGUUACCUUCAAGGGUUCCUUAUGGAUUUCAUGGAACUUUUAUAAACUCCAUGAGUUUAGAAAAUCAAGCCUAGAUUACAGCACAAGAGAAAUUUACCAGAGAGAUGGUCAGUGAAUACGUCUCCGGAAUCUCUCAUUUUCUUUGGUUCUAGUACAUUUUAGGGGUAUAUACAUAUCAGUAUACCUGUAUGUUAGUAUAAUUAGCUAGUGAGUGAUGCUGAAUGGGGGUUUUGUGACAAGAGGUGGAGUGAGAUUUACCAGAGAGAUGGUCAGCGAUACGUCUCCGGAAUCUGUAUUCCCCUUUGCUAGUUUUAGAGUUUUUACAUUUUUACUCUAAAAGUAACAGCCUCUUUUUUGGGUUGUUACUUCUUUUUCAGAGAGAUAUUAUUUUAGGUUUUGUCUUAAAGAGAGAAAAACCAGCUUGUAGCUUUUGGUGUAGGUAGAAAAUUGAGCUCAGCUGGUUUUCACUUUUUUAUGUUUAUUCUUUUCUUCUCUUCUCUGCUACUUUCAAUGGCUUCAUGGAGUUUCCUUUUGUAGAUCGAAUCUGUUGGUGUAUACAUAUGUGGAUGUAUUCUAUAUAGUACUUUUGUAAAUAAUAAAAAUUUACACUUGGGAUUGCUAUGUA